AUGACGAGUGACCAAGUGAAAAGGGUGGAAACUGAAACUCGUGGCCAGAGUAACAAUGACUCUUGGCAUCAACAAAGAGUUGGGAGAGUGACUGCGUCAAAUUUUCACAAAUUUCACACCAAGGCUCAAACAAUCAUCAACAGAAAAAGUGACAAUGACAAAAAACCCAUUUAUAGUUCAAUGGUGUCAAGCCUGUUGAAUAAAAGUGAUGAUGUCUCACAUAUGCCACAGAUAAAGUGGGGGAAUGCCCAUGAAAAGGAUGCCAUAAAAUCAUUCAUGUCAGAUGUGGCCUCUCAACAUGAUGGUGGCCUACAGGGCUUUAGACAGUGUGGAUUGUUCAUCAAACCCGAUUACCCCUUCCUUGCGGGUUCCCUGGACGGCCUGUUUUUUUGCCAUUGUUGUGGUCUGGCAACACUGGAAGCAAAAUGUCCCUACAGUGUGAGAAAUGAAAAUAUUCAUGAAAAAAAGACAUUUGACCGUGUGGAAUUUCUUGAAGAUUUUAAUGGAAAGCCCCGCUUGAAACGCUCGCACAAAUAUUACACCCAAAUGCAAGCUCAGAUGUGGGUUUGUGGUGCCAAUCAUGGCUUCUUUAUUGUUUGGACUCUGGGCGGCCAACCAUUGUAUAAACGAGUAGAACUUGACUUGGAAUUUUGUCUGAAAGUUGUGAACAAUAUCACUCUCUUUUACAAAUCUUUUGUGUUACCUUGCCUGUUAGGAUACAGGGACAUUUUUGAGUGCCCUAAGUGUGACAAGGUUAUUUUGGAGAGUGAUGAAAUAAGUGAUUCUGCAAACGAAAACAGUGUAUGCUGUGACCGCUGCAGCACUUGGUGGCAUUUGCCAUGUGCUGAACUCAGUGUGAAUUCUGCAGAUGCACUC